AUAUAUAUUCUUUAUAAAUUUUGCAUCGCGAAUACUGUACAUACAGGUCAUUGCCUAUGUAAAUUAAAGCGACGCGAGAAAGUUCCAAAUGUGUUAUUUACAGCAGCAGCAUUCUAGCAGCAUCUCGUCGUUGCUAGCCGCACUGAAGCAAUCGACACAGGCCAGAGAUCUUACUGCCGGGAAACUCAUUCAUGCGCUAGCCAUCAACACCGGCCGGGACUCAAACAUCUAUGUCGCAAACUCGCUCGUCAACAUGUAUGCCAAGUGUGCCUCAUUGCUGGAAGCUCAAAGACUUUUCGAGAGGAUGGCACAACGCAGCACAGCCUCGUGGAACACCAUGCUGCUGGCAUUUGCCGACAACGGGCAUUUUGAUCGGGUUUUUGAGCUCUUCACACUGAUGCAGCUCGAGGGCUGUGACGUAAACUCCCGGACUUUGGUGGCAUGCCUCAAGGCCAAGUCGAGCUCGCGCUCUCGGGAUUGGUUAGCAUGGACAGGAAUGGAAAUUCACUCGAGAGCUUUGGAGCUGGGCCUGGAGCUCGACUUGUUCGUGGCGGUGGCAUUGGUUGAGAUGUAUUCUAGAUCUGGGAGCAUGGACAGCGCAUUCAGAGUUUUUGAGAACAUCAAAGAUCGCUGCGAAGUUGGCUCUUGGAACGCUUUGAUGCUCGGGUUGCGUGUGUUCCAAACGCACAAACUUUCAUAGCGGCGCUCAAAGCCUGUGUGAGAGUCUCGGAGCAACAGGAAGAUCAUCUCGAUCGUGGAAGAAAGUUUUUGCUCUUGGAGAAAGUUAUGGCUCUUCACAGCGAGGCAGUGAAACUGGGACUCGAUUCCAACGUUCUCCUGACCAACACCCUCGUGGAUUCGUACGGGAAGAGUGGAAGUUUGGAGGAUGCCAAGAAAGUUUUUCACGAGGCUCCCUGCGAUCGGACUCUGGUGUCUUGGAACGCUUUGAUACUGAGCUAUGCGGACAAUGGGAAAGGAAGAAGAGCUCUCGAGCUCUUUUCGAGCAUGCCGUUCGAGCCGAGCACGCGGACUUUCGUCGCAGCAGUGAGAGCUUGCACGACCAUCGCGACCGAAAACUCCGACAAAGACAACAUAGAUUUCACGGCAACAUCGAAAGUGUUGGAGCUCGGGAUGGCUGUUCACUCUCGGGCUGUGAUGCUCGGCCUCGACUUGGACGUGUUCGUCGCAACCAGCUUCAUCAACAUGUACUCCAAGCUCGGAAGCAUGGCAGACUCGCAGCGAGCUUUCGACCGGGCCAGCUCUCGCAGCCCGGUUUCUUGGAACGCGCUCAUUCUCGGCUACGCGGAAAACGGCGAUGCGGAGAAGAGUUUUGAGCUCUUCUCGGCGAUGCAGCAGGAUGGAGAGGUUUCACCCGAUGCUCACACUUUAGUUGCCGUGCUGAAGGCUUGCUCCAAGCUCGCAGCAAAAGAGAAGCCCCGGCAAGUCGAUGGAAAGGUGGUGAAGAUGGUGAACUUGGAGAGAUGCUUGGCGAUCCACUCUCAAGCUAGGGAGCUUGCUCUUGGCCGAUACGUGACGAACACACUGGUGGACUGCUACGCCAAAUGCGGAAGUAUGGUCGACGCCGAGCGGGUUUUCUGGAAGAGAAAGGAGCACAUUUCUCAGGUUUCCUGGACAGUGAUGAUGCUGGGAUACGUCGAGAAUCACGAGAGCGAGAAGGCAUUGCUGCUGUUUGAGACGAUCAAAGCCUUCGAGGAUCUCCAGAGGCAAAGGAUAACUUCUCUCCUCCUCGCGGCUCUCAAGGCCUGCUCGAGCUUGGCGGAUCUGAGGGCCACCAAGUCGAUCCAAGCUCAAGUUUUUAGACGCGCUACCAUCGACGACGACGACGACGAUCACGAUCACGGCGACGCAGCAAGCAACACCGUCGUGAGCUCUCUCAUCCACGCCUUUGGAGAGUGUAGCAGCAUGAUCGACGCCCAGCUCGUCUUUGAUUCAUUCCAGCCUCCGAAGCUCGACGUCGUCUCCUGGAACUCACUCAUGGCUGGAUUCUCUCGCCAGGGAAACUCCAAGAUGGUCUUCCAGAUCUUCCGCGCUCUUCAGGACGAGCAGCGUUUCCAUCCCGACGGUGCCACCUUUCUCAGCCUUCUCACGGCUUGCAACCACGCCGGUCUCGUCCUCCAUUGCAAGAGAUACUUCCAUGCCAUGGAGGAGUUUGGAGUGAUCCCAGGGAUCGAGCACUACCACUGCGUGGUGGAUCUUCUCGCGCGAGCAAACGAGAUGGAGCAAGCGGUGGCGGUGCUGGAAAGCAUGCCUAUGAGAGCUACUGUGGUGACUUGGAGGAGUCUCCUCGCGGCUUGUCUCAAGUGGAAGAAUGUGGCGAUCGGAGAGUUUGCGUUUCAAUCGCUUAUGGAAGCAUCGCAAGGAAAUGAUCCGGCUGGCUAUGCUCUCGUGACAAGCUUGUAUAGAAGCUGUUCAUAGCAAAAGAAUUUAUAUCAUUCUUAUUAUUUUGGCAAUCUGACUUUUAUUAACCACAGUUCUUGGGAUUGCU